UCUGCCCGUACCAAUAUUUUGACAACAUCCUGCUUUCUAUUUCAGGCAAUGGUGCAGAUAAUUGAUGCCCUAUCCACUUGUGUGCGUCACAUUGGCACAUUUGAGGAAGUCCCUGACUUAGAUGCCAUCCGCUCGUUACCGACUUGUAUCCUGACGGUUCUGAGGGAAACCUUUCAGCACUGCAAGGAGAGUGAGGUGGUUUACUGUGGCCGUCUGUCCCUGGUGGCUGACCUGCUGCAAGGACUCUUCAAGGAGGCUUACUCCCUCCAGAAGGGUCUGCUGGAGCUGCUGGACCGCAUUUCCCUGGACAGCAGUGGCGCAGAGGAAGAGGUCUCUGAUAUUGUAACAGUGAUUCACAACAUGCUGGACAUCUGCUCUAUUAUCUCCAACCUGGACAUAGCACUGCACGCAAACACGUGGAAAUUCCUCAAACAGAGUCUGAAGUACCAGUCAUUGGUGGAGGAACACCUCCAUCACGGUGACAUCAGCAACAGCCUGUGUGACAACCUGAUGGUCUCCUUCAACAACUGUGUGGAGCUGGCUGAACAGAUUAAACAUGCUGGUCUGCAGGAGGCAACACAAAGCCCAGAAUACAAACUGUUCCAGAAAACUGCAAAGAUGUGUCGAUUCUUUGCCAACACUUUGGUUCAUUACAUAAAGGAAUUCAAGUGUUUUCUGACAAAGUAUUGUAACUGCUAUCACCAACUCUACCUCCAGAUCAUCAGUAAGUUCCCUCCCAGCUUGUGUGCUCCAACGUUGCCCUCGGCUCUGUCAGGGGAGCUGAAGGCCGCGGCUCUGGUUCCCAUGGAUGCCCUCUUGCUCCAGCUGUUACCUUUAAGGCCCUUCGUCGAAUUUGUCCUCCAGAAUGAGCUGCGGCUAACUCCCGACCACCAGCUUCCUCAGUGUCUGAUGCUGGUGAGCGUCCUGGGUCAGCUCGCCUCGCAGCCGGAGGAGGUGCUGCAGCUUUGGUACACCGGCAGCCACUUCUCAGAGGACACGCCCAGGCUUCCUCUCUACCAGGCGUUGUUCACUAGUUUCAGGCGAUGCUGCACUGAGCGUCGGGUACCUGUGCUGUUGCCGGGGGUGAUGAUGAAGGGACAGGCCCAGGUCCUGGUCACUCUGCACACCCACAUGUGUGUGCAGCUCUGUGCCAGUGUGGCGGCGCUUCCCCCCGUGUACUUCCCCGUGCUGGAGCGUUGUUUGAUCGAUACGGUCCUGCAGACUGAUACCCAGACAGCUCUACUGGCAACGGAUGUGUGGUGCUUCACAGCACGGUAUGGAACAGCAGAACUUUGUCUCCAUCAUGUCCUCCUCGUUGCGCAGCUGGUGAAAUCUUGCACCGCUGAGUGUCACCAGUCGGUCCACCUGGGCCUGCUGCUCAAACGCCUGGUGUUCCUCAUUACGCCGGACCACCAGAUGGAGCUGGUGCGGAGCUUCCCACCGUCCGAGCUGGAAAACCUUCCAGUGUGGCGACACGUGCUUCUCCAAGCUUUUUCACAGGACGCUUGUCCCAGUGUCGAGGCCGACAUCGUGGGCCUAACUCAAAAAGCUCUGACCGACUGGCAGAAUGGAGGGUACAAACUAGGACAAGUGGACAAAGUGGUGAGCGCGACCUCUGGUUCGGGUUGCACCGGGGACGUAAUCUUAACCAGUCGGUGCUCUUUGUUAACGUCACCAUAGUGGCCAGUUUUGACCUCUUCCUACCACACGUGAGUAGUGGGUUAAUGUCUGCUUUGUGGUCAAAUGAAGACGCCAUAACUGCAAAGACACGCUCGUGUAAACUCUGCAUUAUUUCAAAUUGUGCGACACGUGUAAAAGGUGUUUAUGUACAUGUUUGCCUCUGAAGAAGAGGAAGAUGUAGUGACCAG